AUGGACAGCCUCGAAAUGAACCUCCUGAUCGAGAACUACAUCGAUGAAGAAAAGGUGUGCCAUAAUUUCCCCUUUAGAAAGUUCCUCCUUCUAUUAUAUGCCUAUAGAAAUUACCACCAGACAGUUUACCUGCGGAAGAAGGAGCUAGCUAAUGUGGAGAACCAUGAUAGAUGCAAGGGUAGCGAUUCUAAGAACGGGUUCGAUGGUGAUAGCCAUGAAGAGUUAAGUGUAAACUUGGUAAAGAGUCAGUAUAAUUUUAAGAAAAAAAAAAAAAAAAAGAAGCAAAUAUGUUUUGGUACCUCGGAAAGCUUCCCAAGUAACGUCACUGCGAAUGGACGAGGUAAGGUUGCUCAGUGUGUUGGCAUGCAAUAUGUUUAUAACCCGAUGAUGGAAUCCACGCACAUGGAUAACACAACUGGUAGCAGUGUGAUCAUUCCCAGGGUCAGUGGCGAGGUGAACUUAGCUACCGAAGACACAAAUGAAGACCAGAUGGGGAAGCUUCCCGGACAAGGGAAGAACCCUGCUGAAAAAACAUACAAAAAAAGCAACUUUGAAAAUAGAACAGACAGUUUCAUUUUAUCGAAGGAGAGACAAUUGGCUGACCUGAAUCAGGCUGUUGAAGACUACACUGAAGAGGAGGUAAUAAAACUGGUUUACUACUUUUUGAAUAAAUUUAUGUUUAGUAAGGAGAGGAAGAAGAAGAAUAAGCUGAGGGGAAAAAACAGCUUGUUAUUGAUGUUGGAGAGGGGGGAGGAUGGACAAGCGAAUCCAAUGGGGGGGUCGAAGGGACUAAAGAAAAGGGUAGUUAAUGGUGCCUCCAGGGGUGCCUCCCGAGGGAAAGGCAAGAAUGGUGGGGCGGCCGAGAAAGGGGUGACAAAUGAAGUAAAGGGGGAAGGGACAGAAGAGGUGAAGGAAGGAGUGACGAAUGAAGCGGAGCAGACCAACUGUGAGAAGGAGAAACCAUCAAACGGGGGUGAUUGUACCCAGGGAAGUGAAGUUGGACAGGUAAGGGAGAUUUGCACGGGGGAGGCCAUAGAAGGUGGGAUCGAUAGUGCAGAUGUGAAGGUUGCCGUGGAAGGGGAAGACAAGAAGGAGCUGCCAAAUGAGGGGGUUAGCCAAAUGAACAACGCCGAGUCAGGGAAAACAAACCCACAUGGAGAUGCACACGAGAAGAAUGGAAAAGCGUGUAUUGGCAGCGACCACGAAAUUGCAGUGAAGCAAGCAGGAACAGAACAAGCAGAACAAGCUAAACAAACAGAAGCAGCAGCAGUAGCAGUAGCUGGAGGAGAAGACGCUGAUGAUGAUGUACCUGCAGCUGAAGGAGAAGAAUCAGAAGAAGAAGAAAAAAGACUCGAACUACUCAUUAAUACCUUUAUGAAUAGGAAGCAAAUUUGUUUUUCGAUGAAUGAUAUUUUUUACCCUUUCACAAAUCGGAACCUGAACAUGUCUAGGAAGAAGCAGCAAAAUAAGAAGUCGUCAAAGAAUAUAUCAUUUGAGCGUUCUAAUAAUAGAUUUUCUAGAAUUUUAGGACAUGUCGACCUUCUCGACCCAAGAGAUAGUGCACCGUCUAGAAGGUACAUUAAAAGUAAAGUAAUUUCCGGGAAGUUGAAGAAGGGACUAAAUCUCCUGCUUAAACAUGAAAAGAAGAAGAAGAGGAAGUACAGGCGACAUGGGGCAGGUGACAAGGUCGAUGGUGGAGUGUUGGCACCCCAGAUUGGUGAGGAGGUGGAAGGUAGUCACACCAAUAUGGGGGGAAACAUUGGGAAUAACAACAAUGGGAAUGUCAAAGGGAGUGCUUUCGGUCCUCCUGUUGGAAAGGCUGCCGGAAGGAAGAAAGGCAACAAAGGUGCCACGCAUACAACGAAUGAGAAUGAAGAAAAUUUGAAUGUAACAUGGCCUACAGGGGAAAACGAUCCAAACUCCCCGAUCAAAAGUGCGAAGGAGAAAUCCGGACGAGGAAAGAAUGUUGGAGAGAAGAAAGGAGUCAAAGCGAAUAAUGCACCUGUAGGUGUUAAUCCCAGUGAGGCGUUUAGCAGCACCAUGCAAAUGCAUGAAGUGCAGGGUGGCGUCCCCUUCCAGAUGAGCGACCCCCGCUUCGACCUGCAUGGAAUGGUACCUGUAGGAGCAAUAAAGGGUGGUAAAAAUCAGGCGAAACCCAACCCAAGGAAGAACACCCCAAAUGGGAGAAGCAAGCAGAGGGAUUCAGGCAGCACGUUCGAUGGCCUUUUUAAUAGCGGUGAACAAAUGGGGGGGGUGAAUGCGAAAGGGAAGGAAGGGUACAACAAUAUCGACAUGAUGAAUCCAACCAUGCCUGGCUACUACGUCGGUGGUGAGGUGGCCGGUCAGGUGGGUGGUCAUAUGAGUGGCCUUGUAAAUAGCCCCAUGGGAAGCCAGGUUAGAAGCCACCUGAACAGCCAAAUGAGUACCCCCCUCCGAUACGACCAUCCGGUCUACAACCACCCAAUUGGAGGAACCCCUGUGAUCACCCCCAACAAAGGCUUCACAAAGAAGGAGAAAACGGGUGCUAGAAAAAAUAUACAAAAAAUGAACCCCAUGUCGAAGGAGGCUUCCUUUUAUAACGCGCCAUUAGGUGCAACAUCGGUUGCAUCCAUUUCUGGUGGAGGAGGUUUAUACCCGUAUGGCAACUUUCACUCUACCAGUAACGUAGACAAACAGAUUGGAAUGAUCCCCCCGCAUGGCCAACCCAGCAACAACACCAAUAUCUACCGAAUGAAUAACACAGAAGAGCAAAGGUAUGCACAGGAAGCUCACACAAUAAACCCCUACAUGAGGAAUGAAGUGAUGAAUAAAGUAGACCUUGCAAAGAAUGGCUACAUGUUUAAAGGUACCAAUGAGCAAUUGCAGAUUGGUGGACCAGUUGGUGUGGAUGUGAGUCUACACCCAAAUGGAAGAAUGUUCGUGGAAAGACAACCAGGUGAAAACAACCUCAAAGGGAGUGGGAUGCAGUCGGAGCAGUUUAACAAGGAAUAUUAUAGCCCUUUUAGUGGGACCCCCAGAAGUACAGUUAAGAAAAAAAAUGUGAAAAGUGGAAAGAAGAUCAGCAACGUCAGGGGGGUUCACACUGUGGGAGAUAAACUGAAGGACGCUACGAACCAAAUGGGGAGAGAUGCAGAAGUGGGAGACAAUGAGGACGGUCGUGAUCCAGGUGGAGGGACUACCUCCGUUGGACAUUGCUAUGAUGAGAAAACGAGCAGAUAUCAAAACAGAGGGGGGAGAGACGACGACAACAGUAAUGACGGGAACACUUCGUGGGGUGGUGGAGGAGGCGGAAUGGGGAGCAGUUACCACGUGGGUAACCAUAACGCUAGUGGGAGAAGAAACAGCGUACCUGGGGAGAACCGCUACCAGGGGCAGUAUGAGGAAAGACAGAAUCGACCGGAGCAAAAUGAGGGGGUUAUUGGCACGAUUGGCACGAUUGGUUCGGUUGAAGGUGGACCAAUUGGCGUAGUAGGGUGUGGCUUAGGAAGCACCACGGUGAACCACCCCACGGAGGGCGCCAGGACGAACAAUACCCUGAUGCACACAAGUUUGAACCAACUAUUGGAUGGAAAGACAAGAGGAGAUAACACGGUGAGUGAAAUGAUGCCCAACGGUGGGAUCAAUAUAAGGUGCACCAUUGUUGGAAAUGUGACCUGCAUGAACAGUGUGGUGGCAACUCCUAGGGACGACGCACUGAAUGGGAAGGAACUUCAUGGUGACCUCUCCAGGGGGAAGGCAAGCAACGAUGUCACUCCACUAGGAAAAGGAACGAUCAUCACGAAGAAACUGAACCAAGACGGAACAUUUAAAGAGGGGCACUUCUUACCAGCUAAUGAUACGAUGAAGGAGCAAGUAGGGAACAGCAACGGUGGAAGGAGUUAUGACAUGAACAUGUCCUGUGUAGCAAUAUCGGAGGGGCGAAGUAGAGAAGGUACGGGGAAUGCCAUUCUUAAUUCCCGACGGGGUGAGGACAUAGGUUGUUGUAACGGUGUGGUAGAAGCGAAGAAGAUGACCUGUCUGCAGACUCAGUGGGCGCAGCAGGUGCAGACGAUGCAGGGGACGGAAAAAUUGAACCAAGAGGAUGCAAAGGAUAAACCUCGGGGAUGUGCAGAAGAGGUCGCCGAAAGCAGUGGGCUCAGCAAUCACCACAUCAACAGUAACGUUAGCAACGGUAACGGUAGCCACUGUGCUAGCAGUGGAAGUAGCAGAAACGGAGGAAGUGCCAAGCUGGUGAGUGAAGAUGCACCAACAGUUGGUUGCAGCAGCAUCGUUAGGAUGGCAAACGUGGCAGAUGCAGCGUUAAAUGGGGAAGGAGCGAACAAGCUUAAUUACUGCUCCGGGAAGACGUACCUGGAAGGUGUUAACGUAAAUGUAGCUAGCUCCAUGCAUGUGCACCAAGAGGAGAAGCAGACAGGAGCUGUCACCGUGGGAUACCUGAACCACGGAAUGAGCAAACAUGCUCGGAUGAAGGACAACCAGGAGAUGGUAGGACCACUUGUUGAUUCACCCCUCAGUAGUGAAGCAGGAAGGAAUCUCCAACCGAUGAGUCAGAGUCUACCACUAGACCAACACCCUGUUGUGAGUAGCGGUUACGCUGGAACGAACGAUGGAACAUGCAACCUGGGGAAAAUAAACAGAACAACUGACAGGGGCAACACCGUCGAUGCUUCCACCUUCCCAUUAAGGACGCCCCAUUCGAAGGGUAAUAUUCAUGCAAGUGAAUCUUCACCUGUGCAGAUGCGAAAGGAUAAUCUACAACGUUAUGUGGACGAAAGAGGAGUGAACAAGGUGGACUGCUUUACGAUGCAGGUGACUGAAGGUGUAGGCAGCUACAAGGAGGAAGUGUUGUAUCCAUGCCGGGGUGGGGAGACGCAUGCUGGUGGAAGUGGCGAGAAUCGGCUCCCUCCUGUGAUAGUGCAGCAACGCGGCAUGAAAAGGAAGGUUCCAUCCCUUUCGCAGCCCGUGCAGGGAAGCAAGAAGGUGAAGGGAGGGUUGGCAAUGGGUCCCCCCGGUGCGAACAGUUGCAGAAGUCGUGCUAGCAGUGACGGUAAAACUGAGGGGGAGAAAUUCAUGCAGAGUUGCCCGUCGAUCUGUGCGUCGAACCAUUCGGUGAAUCCAUUGGCAAAUCAGCUGGUAAACCCACUCCCCCCUAGUCAGUUGCAUAACCAGACGCAGCAGCCCUUUCCCUUGCCGAACGAUGGGUAUAUAAUCGCAAGGAACACAGUCAACGUGGUACCCAGCGUGGCACCCAACGUGGCACCCGUAAAUGGAAGGAACCCUGCAAGAGAGCUACUACCCCAGACUACAGUGGAGCUACCCAACCGAGUGGACGUGAGCCAGCAUAAGAACAGUAACACGCAGAAGGUGGAAGUAAAGUGGCCACCAGUAGGUAACAGCAGUUUCCGUUGUGACGUAAAUGGUGAUUAUGAGCAAAGGGGACUUGUUGGAAAAAUACCCGUGAAGGAUGCUUGCACAGAAAAGGUGAAUGGGGUGGAGAAAGCCAUGAGUAGCACAUUGGGGAAGGGGGUACUGAGGAGUGAAAUGACCCAUGUGUAUGGUCACGUUGGAAGGACAGUAUCAGAUGCGAAGGUGCAUUCGAUUCGGUCGGUUAGUUAUGCCAUGAAUGGGGAAAGUGAAGGAAGGAGGAUAAACGCAGGAGGGGUACUCCAGAGGGUCGUGGAGGAUGGCAUAAGCGGUGGUACAAACGGCUGUACAAACAACAGUAACGUUAGCAACGGCAACAGCAAUGGUAGCCGCUGUGGUAGCAGUAGGAGUUACUCCAUUUUGAGCAGCCUGAAGGAACGAGAAGAAAAUCCCCAGGGAGGCAUGCAAGAAUGUGCAAAGGUGCGUGCCCUACCCACAGAAGGGAAACAGUUCAUGUUGGGAAGUCACGACAUUUGCAGCAGUGGCAACAUUGGCACCGUUGGGAGCAUAUCAGGUGAUUGGGGGAAAUUACGCCCCUUUAAUAGAGAACCGAGCGGCAGUCGUGUUGUGGCAAAGGCACAUGUAGGUGUGCAGGGAUAUCAGAACGGAAACGUAGGUGAGGGACGGGGUGAAUAUAACAUGGGACACUUCGCUAUGGCGACGCCAGUAAAGGUAUGCACACCGAAGAACUUACAACAGGAGAAGGUAGGAGGAGUGAAGUUCCCCAGUGAAGGGGUAAUGUAUUCCCAUCCCCAAGGAGAAAGAAACCCCUACAGUAACAAGGUCACAAAUGAGGUGAACAACAACUGUAGGGUGGAUUCCAUUUUGGCGAAUUGCCCAGGGGAUAAGUCUAACCUUGUGGGUAGCAUGAGUAACAUUGCGGGGACGUCACUGGUGGGUACGUCGUUUGAUGACCUACAAAGAGGGGUCACCAGUGCCGCAGCUAGGAAUGUAGUCUACACGUGGGACAAAGGUGGUACCAUCCCCCGGAACGUAUCAAAUGGGGAAGGUAAAAUAACCAACAGGAUGGAAUUCCUUGACAAGCAAAGUUCCAACUCAGCCACCAUGAAGGAUGAAGAAAAUGGAGCCAAAUUGAACGUUUCGAAAAAGAAAAAAAGAAAAGGAAAAGAUACACUCCUACAGGAGGAGGGAAGUGAGGUGAAGGAGCAGGUUGUGCCUGAGAGGACCAUCGAUGAUGAGUUGUCUUUGUGUGAUGUGGCAGAGGAGAAUGCAAAUGAGGAGGCCAAAGCGAAGCCAAAGCGGUGUAGGAGGUCUAGGGUCGGGAAGGAUGGAGAUGACCAGGUUGUCACCGGGGCCUACGACGAGAACGGCGAAAAGAUCUCUGGCGUCUGGUAUGACACCAAUAGGAGACUCUGGCGUGUCAUGUAUAUGGAAAACGACAAGCGGAAGACGAGGGGGUUCUCCCCACGCAUUUAUGGAUUCAACCUCGCACGGGAGUUGGCCGUGAAACUCAAAUAUGAGAUGAUGGAAAAAAAUAAAAAGUGA